CAAAUGACAAUGAAUAGUUCCAGGCUACCCAAAAUUUUUCCGUGCAAUCCGGAUGCUGCUGCGACCGGUGAAAUACCACGGCCCGGGCCAACAAUAAUACUGCUUUAUCAUGUCCGUUACUCACCAUCCAGUUCGCAUCCUCUACCGGUACCAGAAACAUAGCUUGAAAAAUGAGCACGCUAGUUCCUCCUUCAUUUGACAACAAAGCCACCACCCCUUCUCCCAGCGUAACUAGCACGCUGCACAUUCUACAAGGCACACUGGAUAAGAAGCGCGGCAUCAGCAAGCCCGAAGACGACCUGUGGCCCGAGGGAUACGUCUGGGAUAUAGAGGAUCCCGUUGAGCGGCGGUUCUGUGUUCAGUGGCUGACGCACUCGAUUGAAUGGGCCACAAAGCGCAGCAUCCUGGUCGGCGACUCGGACGACUGGACAUGGAUAAUGGACACAGCAGCCAUGCAGCUCGCGGAGCUCUGUGGGAAGGGCGCAUCAGGGAAGGUGAAGCGCAGUGUGAAAGUGUGGGGACCGAAUGCAGAGGAGCUACCCGGGGUCAUUAUCAACGAGCCGAGCUUCGUCGAAGCAGACGUGGGGUGCCAGACGUGGGGCUCUGCUACACUGAUGGCGCGGAGAAUCUCCCGGCACGACAUCCCCGUCAGGCAGUUCUCAAGCUGCCUGGAGCUAGGCAGUGGUACGGGACUGGCGGGCAUGGUGCUUGCCCGUGAGCUGCAGCAUGUGGGCGGGGUGGUGGUCAUGACUGACUACCUGGCGUCGCUGUUGGAUGUGCUGACAGCGAGCAGCAGAGACAACAGCGUUGACGACGGCACGGCACAGAUCCGGCACCUUGACUGGUUUGAAGUGGCUCAGCGGAUGCAGAAUGCCGAGGCAGGCGUGGCGGCUCCUAAAGCGAACUAUAGUGAUGUGACAGCACAGCGCGAAGCCACUGCGGGAGCACGCCAGCUCGAUGUGGCAGGCAUGCAGCACGGAUUCAGUCUGGUGGUUGCCGCCGAUGUGCUGUACGAGCUGGAGCACGCGAAGGUAAUACCAAUUCUUGCCGACUAUUUUUUGGCAACAUCUGGCAAAGUGACGCCCCGGUUUGUCGUCACCACGCCGCUGCGUGCGACACACAAAAAGGAGGUUAGCGCGUUCGAGGCCGAGAUGGCCAAGAUCGGGAGCCUGAGGCUGGUAGCGAGGGACGAUACGACGCUGGCUGACGAUUUGUCUGGCUGGGUGGAAAGGGUUGGUGCGGCCGAGACAGAGGCGAUUACGCAGACGCUGACCGCCGAUGCGAACGAUACAUGGAGGUACCGCACGUAUAUUUUUGAGCGCUGUUAGUAGCAAAUAAACACCUUUGACUCUGGGUAUUCAUCCGCAGGCGAACAAUGCCGCAGCAAGUAUUUCUGUGGCAGACUAGAGCGUUUGUUGUCGGUGAGGCGGUCCUGAACCCCCGGCCAGGCUGGACAGGGGGAUCAACAGAGCCGGUCUUUUUCCGGUAUGCGGUGGCUGCGAAGCUUCUGCGAGCAUGUUUAUUUAUGCUCUCCUUCUCCCAGCCCUCCCUCUUUUCUCUCACUCCAAACCCCUCUUCGCUAUUUCCCCCAUUUCCCGCCUCCUUUUCUGCAAUUACGCAAGGUUGGCUCUUUUGCUAAUUGGUCGGCUCAAAUUCACAGCGGGCAUGGC